GUAGUAUAGGUAACACUGUGCGUUGAAAUACAGAACACCUGUCGCUAAAAUGUAUCCUUUACACUCGUCAGUUUUAAUUGGUUUUUUGGUCGGGUUACUGGUUUGGGACACUUACAUUGUCCAAGCGAAACCACAGCGUUCGACAGACAUUGUUUCGCUCGAAAACGAUCAAAUUUGGGCACCCUCCGACAACGCAGUUGACGAUGCUCCAGUUUGGGAGACAGUGGAUGAAAUGCAGCAGCUAAAGCCAAAGCGUUCCCCUACUGAACAGGACAAGAAGGUACCGCCUCGAUGCCUUUGGGCAAUUAUUUCGUGCUGUACGGCGUCAUCAAACGCACUCAAUUACGAUUGUUUCGAGCAAUUGGGAUGUUACGGUGUGUUUUGGGAUAAUAAUCCUUGUGACAGUGACUUUGCAAACGCUGCAAUUUCCAGUGCGAUGAAAUAUUAUGAAAAGAGAUGAAAUGUGUAAUGUCAUUAUUAUAUUGUUUGUGUUAAUACUGGUUAUUUAUUAAAUAAACUUUUGUCUAUUGUG